UCACUCGAAAAAUUUGUAUCUCACUACGAAUUCGUUCGUUGACUCGCGCGCACCUCAGCAGCAGCCGCAGCAGCAGUCACGAUACCUUAACAAAUAAAGAAAAAAAAAACACAUCCAGACAUCCAGUGAUACCAAAAACAACUCUAUCACAACGUGGCCGGGCCGGUCGACGCGCAUGCGCAAAUCAAAAAGCGAAGAAGCUGCAAACUCAAAUUCCGAGCGCACAUGUAAAACAUCUUUCAACACCUGACUGCGGCUUGUUUCAACGCUGGCUGCCGUCUUUCUCGCCAAAUUACAAAAGAAUAAGUAAUGUGAAGAUGACCCCGUGGCUGUUCAAAAGAUGAUCGAGGCCUUUGCAAAUCACCUAAGCAGCCACCUGGGACGUCAUCUCUUGUACUGGGCCAUUGACACGAGCAACGCCGGAAACGGGGGUGGAACUUCGGGAAACUACGGCCUCAACCUGCGGCUCUCCGAGCUGAUUAACAAGUUCCACGGCCCCCUCGAACGGGGGGUGCAGGUGCUGGACCACCUGCUGACCCUCGAGGAGGACGACUUCACCGGCCACUGGGGCAGCGCCUACGCACACAGCUAUGAGCCCGAAUACGCGGACAGAGUGCCAGAGAACGAGGAGUUGCCACCGCCUGAACACAUGGAAACCCUUAACAAUGGCAACGGGCUGCUCCAUUCGCCGCCCCACAAUCACCAGCAGCAGCACCAGCAACAGCAGCGCGGUAGCGGAGCCGGUGGAGCUGUAUCGCCACCUGGAGGAGGUGCCUCCGCUGGUGCCGACCACAAUAUUCAGAUAACGCAGCCGAUCAGUGCUCCUUCAUCGCCGUUAGCCUCACCUGGAGCCCUAAACAGCAGCACAAGCAGCGGUGGGGGCGGUGGAAGUGGUGGUGGCAUCAGCGGCAGUCCAACGGCCUUCUCCUUGCCCUCCGGUUCGGCAGCGGCUGCAUUGGCAGCCAUCUCAGCCACUCCCACCAGCGGCAGUGGAUCGUACGUGUGCUCCGCCGGCACCAACUGGCACUUUGCCGCUGUGGCGGCCUCCAAUGCCAUCGACACGGCCGAUCCCAACUGGCAGGCCAGCAAGGCCACGGUGCUCGAGCGAAACGCAGCCAUGUUUAACAACGAGCUCAUGUCCGACGUCAAGUUCAUUGUGGGCGGAGAGUUUGAUAUUGAUCCUAUCCGGACCAUACCCGCCCACAAAUACAUUCUCGCCACAGGCAGCUCCGUCUUCUAUGCCAUGUUUUAUGGUGGAUUGGCCGAAAACAAGCAGGAAAUUAAAGUGCCUGAUGUGGAACCCACUGCCUUUCUAACGUUGUUAAGGUACCUCUAUUGUGAUGAAAUCAAACUAGAACCUGAACACAUCCUGGCUACGCUGUACGCUGCCAAAAAGUACAUCGUGCCCCAUCUGGCCAGAGCCUGUGUUAACUAUCUGGAAGUGAAGUUGACGGCAAAAAACGCCUGCCUACUUCUCAGUCAAUCGCGUCUGUUCGAGGAGCCAGAACUGAUGCAGCGUUGCUGGGAAGUGAUAGACGCGCAGGCCGAGAUGGCGGUUAAGUCCGAGGAUUUUGUGGACAUUGACCUCAAGACCUUCGAGUCGAUCCUCUCCCGAGAGACGCUCAACUGCAAGGAGAUCCACCUGUUCGAGGCGGCUCUCAACUGGGCCCUAAACGCCUGUGAGAAGAUGAGCAUCGAUGACACUGCGCAAAACAAGCGUCGUUUGCUGGGACAGGCCUUGCACCUCAUCCGUAUCCCUACGAUGACGCUGGAAGAGUUUGCCAACGGCGUGGCCCAAACAGGCAUUCUCUCGUCUCAGGAAACGAUUGAUAUGUUUCUGCACUUUACCGCCAAAGUGAAACCUUCGCUAGGUUUCCCAACCAGGUCGCGGGCGGGCCUGAAGACACAGGUUUGCCAUCGCUUCCAGUCGUGUGCUUACCGCUCCAACCAGUGGCGCUACCGCGGACGCUGUGAUUCCAUUCAGUUUUCGGUCGAUCGAAGAAUCUUUAUUGUUGGUUUUGGACUGUAUGGCUCGUCGACCGGCGCAGCUAAUUACAACGUUAAGAUCGAACUCAAGCGGCUGGGACGAACUCUUGCCGAGAACGACACCAAGUUCUUUUCCGAUGGGUCGAGCAACACGUUCCACGUGUUCUUCGAGAACCCUAUUCAGAUUGAACCCGAGUGCUACUACACCGCCUCUGUGAUCCUGGACGGAAACGAGCUGAGCUUCUUUGGACAGGAGGGUAUGUCGGAGGUGCUCAUGGGCAAUGUAACAUUCCAGUUCCAGUGCUCGUCAGAGAGCACCAACGGCACUGGCGUCCAAGGCGGCCAAAUCCCAGAGCUGAUUUUCUACGGUCCCACUACUGUGACGGCUCUGAACUCACCGACCAAUUCGGUGUGUGCCACUCCCAUCGGAGGAUCUUUGUCCGCGGGAUCGGCAAUCACUGGUGGGGGGGCAUCAGCAUCUUCAUCAUCUUCCACUGCCAUAGCUUCAAAUGGUAAUAACCCGAACCAUGGGUCUGGGGAGGAUCUGGCCGGAGAGGGAAGCACCUGAUGCGCACAGCUCUACUGCGCCGAGUGGCAGGGAGCCUGCUACUAUCGACAGCAGCAGCAGCAGCAGCAGCAGCAACAACAGACCAGGAGACCAACUCAGCAAUACAAAACACAGACACAGAUACAAAAUCGCAACUCAUGGGUUUUCAGUGCUACACAAGGCAAAUUGGAGUUUUAGGCCAGGCGGUUAUAGACAAAGUCUAUAUACAAUAUAUACCAAGAUAGUAGAGUGCUCUAGUUUUCGUAAUAGUCCUAUAGUCUUAUAUAUAUACAUAUUAGAAACACAUAUAUAUACACCUCGGCAGUGUGUCUUAGAGCUAUGGUACGGUUGUCAAGGAGGAACUAACUGAAGUCAUAUGAUGCAAGUCACACCAAUUAAGAGAAAAGACAAUCUUUUGAACCGACAACCGUUUCGAAGUUCUAAGUCGCACUGCGCAUAGUUGUUGGCAUAAUGCAUAUAGAGAUAUUUUCAAACUCAAGUGGAUCAUAUACACCCAUGCCUACCUAAUUGACUAGAAAACUUAAUACGUUCCAUGAUUUGAGAGGGAGGGCGAAAGGGAUAAAAGGCGCUAUUUAGAGAAAACAAAAAACAUAUGCAAUAAGCAAGUGAAAAUCGGGCAAUCAGUCAAGCUAGCGUUAAACAAUAUUCUAAAGCCAAGUUGCAUGAAUAACUAAUACGAUACAUAGCGAACAUAUUUUUUGCCAGCAUAUACCUAACAUAGAUAUAUAUACAUCUUUGAUCUGAUAAUGUUAUUUAGUCGCAUAUAACACUAACCUAUAUACUUGAAGGGCCAUGGGGCAGGGAAAUGAGCCAUGUUGAAAAUCGCAUACGACGAAUUUGAAAGCCAAGUUAACCAGUUUACGAAAUAAGACAUAAAUAGUGUGAGAACCACAUAUUGACACAUAAAUCUUGUAGAACGCAUUACAUAUAUUUCGUAGUUGAUCCAUUAUAUCUCUCAUAUAAACAAAUAUGCCUUUCUUCUGAUAUUAAGACCCGUACUUCGCUCCUAUACAUAAAUAACUCUAGGCUGCUCUGCGCAACAAUCAGUUAUAUGUUCGAUUUAUGAAUUUCUUUGGAAAUUGUACUGAUUUUUGCUUUUGAUAAGAAGACAAUUACUGUUUCUUUACUUACAUAUAUAAAUUGAUAAAUGAAUAUGUUAUCCUAUAUUGAUAUACGAAUCUAUUACUAUUAUCUACUUUAAUCAAAAUACAUUAUUAGAUUUUGCGAAUUUA